AGUUACCGCUCACUAAGCGUUCCGAAUCAGUUAGUUCGGAUGUUGUUAACGCGGGAUAACGUACCGAAGGUCAUAGUAAUCUAAAUGGUUGUAAAUAUUGGCAUUAAUGAUACAGUUUGACUGAAAACACACCUCAGCAUAAUGGACAAGAGAGGUCAAAAGCAUACACUUACACUUAGCGAGUCUGAUACUUCAUCAGAAGAAGAGGACUCCUCAAGUGUCUCAUUGGAAGGAGCGAGGAAACAACCUCGCUUAAGCAUAGAUUUGGAUGACAGAGAUUUUACAGAUACUGAGGAUGGAGGAGGUGGUUGGGAUGUUGCAAAUGCAGCGGAGGAGACCAAGAAAACGAGUGGCUUGGCUAAUAACAGCAAUUACAGCAGCUUUGCCCAACGGAUGAUGAAAAAUAUGGGUUACCAGGAAGGCAAAGGCUUAGGUAAGUAUGGACAAGGUCUUGUAGAUCCUGUGGAAGCAAGCAGACAAAGAGGACGUAGAGGUCUUGGUCUUCGACUUGAAGGUCUUGAGGCAUCUACCAAUCUGAAUUGGGACAGCAGUCAAGAGCAUAUUCAAGUUGAAGAAGAAGUUGUUUGGCUGCCACAGUGUCCUGAUGUUGUACCUCCUGAUUUUGAUACUCUCUUGUCAUGGUCUCAAGAUGGCAAAAAAAAGCUAGAUAUUACUGAUGAAACAAACUUCUGUGACCCAAAAAUUCUUGAGGGCAUACUCAAAGCAAAAUGUGUAUUUGAUCAGCUUGAUGGAAGGGAACUGCAGAGAGGUCGAUCACGAAGUAAUCCUUUUGAAACACUUGGAAAACUAUUUUUCCAAAACAGAGCUGCAUUGAAGAUGGCUAACAUGGAUGCUAUCUUUGACUAUAUGUUUACGAGACCCAAAAAUGAAGCUGGGGAAUCUUUAGUUGGUCCAGAAGAUUUGCUGUAUUUCGCUGAUGUGUGUGCAGCCCCUGGAGGUUUCUCCGAGUAUGUGUUAUGGCGGCGGAAAACAGAUUCAAAUGGCUUUUGUGAUGCAAAAGGCUUUGGUUUUACCCUUCGAGAAAAUGACUUCAAACUUCAUGACUUCUUUGCCGCUCCAUCUGAAUUCUUUGAACCUCAUUAUGGUAUAAAUGGUCUUGAUGGUGAUGGAGAUGUGUACAAUCCAAGCAAUAUUACAAACUUUGUUGAGUUUGUACGGAAGACAACUAACGACCAAGGUGUCCACUUCAUGAUGGCAGAUGGAGGGUUUAGCGUUGAGGGCCAGGAGAAUAUACAAGAAAUAUUAUCAAAGCAACUAUAUCUUUGCCAGUUCAUGGUUGCUUUAGGAAUAGUGCGAACAGAUGGUCAUUUUGUGUGCAAGCUUUUUGAUGUGUUUACAACGUUCAGUGUUGGCCUCGUGUACCUGAUGUAUCGCUGCUUUAAGUACGUGUGUCUCCAUAAGCCCAACACUAGCAGACCUGCCAACUCAGAGAGAUACAUUAUUUGCAAAUGGAAACGGAAGGACACCGAUGAUGUCUAUAGAUUCCUGUAUGAAAUGAAUGAACGCCUUAUAGGAUUGAGAUCUUCAUCCAUGGAUGUAACUGAAUUGGUACCUCUAGAACAUCUCAAAGCAGACCAAGAAUUUUAUGAUUACAUUUACACUUCCAAUAAUGAAUUGGGGUUCCGCCAGAUGGUGAGCUUGCGAAAAAUUCAAAUCUUCUGCCAAGAUACUCAGAUGAUCGAAACACGGCAGUCGGAAUUGCGUAUCCAGUGUCUUAAUCUUUGGCAAUGUCCUGACCGAACUCGUACAGUACCACAGCGUUCUGAGGCCAAAGUCAAGUUUGUUGAAUUAAUAGAUGGAGAAAACUAUGAGUACAUGUCAAAAAGUCCUGAGGAUUUAACAAUUUCCAACCUUCAAGAAAAGCUACGCAGUGCCUAUGAUUUCCGUUGUGUUCUUUUAGCUUCUACCAGAGAUGGUCGCAAAGAUCGGGCUUUUUAUCUAGGUCUAGGAGGAUGUAAUGUCUUUCGAUGGGAAGGCCGAGGUGUUAGUUCGUGGAUGCGAGUGGAUACCAGAGUUGAGCUUCCGCCUGACACUUUAGUGUAUGCCGAGAUAGUCACAGAGCACCGUGGUGAACACAAAGCCCAGCGGAAAUUGACCACUCUCCACCUAAUAGAUGGAUUAAUUUUAAAUGGAAAAGAUAUUAGAAACCUCCACAUUGUUGAAAGACACACGUAUUUAAAGAAGUUUGCAUUAGCUCUGAAUAAGACGAGUCGUCCAGAUCUUGCACCAAUCAGAUGUAAGCAGUUGUAUAAACUGGAAAAUCUAGAAGAAAUUCUUUCAGCUCCUAGAUCAUCAUACAGUGGGGGAGCUGUGUGGUGGUGGGACAGUGGGGUUCAAGUCCUGGAGACUGAUGAACCUACUAAAGGCAAGCUAAAUCGAAGUGAUAUUAUCAGUCACAUAGCAGCUCACCGUUAACUCCUUCAUAACUCACAUCAGGUCCUACCUUACAGUAUGCCUUGGCCUGAAUUAUUACACAUCAUCCCAUUUAUACAAUUCUUGUGACCCCUUAAGUUAAAACAUUUAACACUAUCGCGCUCCGCGGCCGCCACCCGACAUCACUCAUUUUUCUCCCGAUUCUGAGCGAGUGACUAUGGCUUGCGUCAUGUAUUAAAAUAUUUGUAAAAAAUUCAAUGUUUAUCUGAUCCACUUCUGGGUGGUUUCAAAAUGAGCACCUUUAAAUUGCGCACAAUUUGAUACCAAAAUGAAAGACAUAACAUGAAAAUUGAUGUCAGAACUCUGGAAAGAUAGUAAUAAUUUUGUGGUGAUGAGCAUCAAAAAGUGUCCAAAAGUUAAAAUAUUUGUUAAAAUUCCAUUUAUUGUUCAAUUAUUAUGGGGCUAGUUUUAAAAUACAUGCCUCUAGAUUGCGCACAAUUUGAUACCAAAUUGAAAGACUUAACACGAAAAUUGAUGUCAAGAAAGAUAAUGAAUGUCAGAAAGAAAAUAAAUACUUUUGUGGUCCAAAUUUUUUAAUAUUUGCUAAAAUUCCAUUUCUGGGGGGAGCCCCGUCAGCUCCCCGGAGCUAUACCAGGCUGAUAUGCUAAUGUCUGGCUUUGGCAUCAGUCAUAGUGUAUGGAGUUCUUAGGAAAGUUCUUGUCUUAGAGAGACAUGGCAAAAUGAAAGACGUAACAUGCAAAUUGGUGUCAGAACACUGGAAAUAUAUAAAUAAUUUUGUGGUGAUGAGCGUCCAAAAGUUAAAAUAUUUGUUAAAAUUCCAUUUAUUAUUCUAUUAUUAUUGGACUAGUUUAAAAUACGCGCCUUUAUUUUGCGAACAAUUUGCGUAACAACACGGGUAACUUUGCCGACUUUUGACUUUGCUGUGGGGAGUCACAGCGGGCUUUUGGACCUUAUAUGCAUAUACCCCUAUAGGGAAUUCUAUUGGAAACACAAUGAUACCAAAACGAACAACGUAGCAUGAGAAUUAAGGUGAGAAAACUGAAACGAGUAUACACUUUUCGGUGUCGCCGCGCGCUCUCCCGAAACGUCGGUACCAUGACAUCACAGUCUACGGCGUGCCCGCACGGAGUGCAAUAGUGUUAACUUGAAAUUAAUUUUAUGUAAGAAUGUAAUGUUUACAUUAAACUUAAUUAGUAUUAUGUUAAAUUAUAUGGUGCAGAAUUAUUGAAUUUAAGUAUGUCUACUUAGCUACCUGGGUCCCAUUCUGGUCACUUGCCUUAUUUGUGAGCAUUUCUGACUUGUCAUAGAAUACUUUAGAGUAUAGGGAGUGAAUGUUUGUGUAUGACUGCUUAUACAUCUUAGGUGUUUUAUAGAUCUUAAGAUGUGUGAAUCUUAUGUUAUCUAGUUUUCUUACCCAAGGAAACUAAUACAAGUAAAAAUGUUUUUAAUAAAAAGUUAUUUUGUU